AUGGAUAAGCGACUUUCCAAUGGCCUUCCCACAUACCGCGAUGCAACCGCACCUUCGACCGCGCCACAGCCGACCUGGAUAAACCGCAAACGAAGGAGACGAGGCUUCCGCAUCCUCACCACAGCUUGUCUAGCAUUUCUCGCCUUUUCUGCGUACCAAAUUGCCACCAACACGCUGAAGCCUACAAGCAUUCUCUCAAUUGACCGGCUGCAACAAGAUCACGCUAUAUGUGUCGCUCUACGCAAGAGACCGACCGAGCCCAGCACAGCACGUGAUCAUAACAAACGUUGGGUCACGGGCACGAAGCCCUGGCUAAUUCGCAAUGCUACCAUUUGGACUGGCGAGCCUGCAGCAGGUACGUCCGCCGAAGAUGCAAGAGCUGGCAAAGGCUGGUCAUGGGUAUCGUCCGAUGUUCUUGUUGACAAGGGUCUGAUUGCGCAAAUACGCCCUAGCAUUCCACUGGCGUCCGUGCCUUCCGAUACCAACGUUUUCGAGGCUCAUGGCCGCCUGUUGACGGCGGGUAUUGUCGACAUGCACAGCCAUGCUGGACUGUCAAGCGAAGGCGGUUUACAAGAUGACACCAACGAAAUGUCCACUGACAUCACUCCGUAUGUCCGGUCAAUCGACGGCGUGGACCCUCUGCAGCCGGAGAUGGAGUACAUCAAGAGCGGUGGUGUCACGACAAGUCUGUUUCUUCCCGGAAGCGGGAACAAUGUCGGCGGAGAAGCCUACGUCCUCAAGUUCGCUGUAGGCAACAAGAACGGCAGAGAGGAGAUUAGCCAGCAAGAUCUCUAUGCGGACCCUGAUAGGAAUUGGCGCUAUAUGAAGAUGGCUUGCGGUGAGAACCCAAAGCGUACAUAUGGAAAGGUAGGCGAGCAUGGGCCGGUCAGUCGUUUGGGCGAAGCGUGGGAGUUUCGCCAUGCCCUUGAGCAGGCACAGAAGUAUGUCAGUGAGCAAGAUGAUUGGUGUAUCGCUGCCGAUGCUGUGGGUGUUGAGAACAUGGCUACGUACUUGAAGCAAGACUUGCAGUGGGAGUCACUGGGUGCAGUGCUCAGAGGUCAAGUUAGGGUCAAUACCCACUGCUAUACGAUUCCCGAUCUGGAGGCUUUCGUAAGGCACACGAAUGAGUUCAAGUUUCGCGUGUAUGCGUUCCAUCACGCGCAUCAAACGUUUCUGGUACCGGAAGUGCUCAAGCGCGCUUGGGGCGGAACACCCGCUGCUGCACUAUUUGCAGACAACAUGUACUACAAAGUGGAAGCCUAUACUGCCUCUGAGCGAGCUGGAGCUCAUCUUUAUGCUCACAACAUCACUCCGACAUAUGUAUCCGAUAACCCAGUUUUGAACUCACAACAUGUGGUCUUUGAGGCUGCGAAAGCAUACGGAAACGGACUACCUUACCAUGCUGCUCUUGCCGGUGUAACUUCAGCUCCUGCUGAGCUAUUGGGCUUGGGCGGUCGCAUUGGCAAGAUCAAAUUGGGCUUCGAUGCAGAUAUCGUAUUGUGGGAUUCCGACCCGCUGGCCGCUGGCGCAGCGCCUGUGCAAGUCUGGAUUGAUGGCGCUCCACAAUUCGAAAACCCCUAUGAACUAAGAAAGCCGGAACGGGAGCCGAUCACGCCAGAUACGGCGCUUGCGAACGAGCUCAAGAUGUCCUCGGUCAGAGGAUCUGUUGUAUUCACAGGCAUCUCGUACGCUUACCCCAAGACCUACAAGGAUACUCCUUCAAUGGAUCGGCACGCCGACAGCACGUCUGCAGUUUUCGAGAAUGGGAAGUUGAUAUGCUUGGGCGCUUGCGUUGCCGAGAUGGAAGCUGCGAGAUCCGCAAAAGCACCUGUUAUACAUCUUGAAAAUGGCCAUCUGACACCUCCUCUCACAGCUUUUAGUACCACACUUGGCCUUGCAGAAAUUGACUCAGAAUCUGAUACGCAUGACGGUCCACCUCCGAGCGAUGGCGUAACACGCGCGACCGAUGGUCUUCUCUUCGGCGGCAAGCAGCUCGCACAUGCCUACGCGCAUGGCGUCACACGCGCCAUUUCCGCUCCCAACGAAUACGGCUUCGAAGCCAAGGGUAUCAGUGCAGGGUUCCGUACCGGCGCAAAACAUAGCUUAGAGGAAAAUGCCGUGUGGGCUGAUGAGGUAGGCUUACAUUAUGUGCUGACCCUUGCUGCGAAGAAAGAAGGGACGGCUAGUAUAUCUGCCGCUAUCGCAGCUGUGCGCGGGAAGCUUCUAGAUGCAGUGAACGACAACGAUACCGUUCCUGACGUGCCGAACAAGGAUAUCUAUGCAGAAAAGACAUAUCUCAAACGCGUUGUCAAUGGUACACUACCUUUGAUCCUUGCCGCUCAUAGCGCCGACACUAUCGCUUCCAUCAUCCGCCUGAAAUCCACGAUCGAAUCUGCGAUCUCGAAGGCCAAAACAUCAUCCAUUAAGCCAAUCCUCAACGUUGUUAUCAUCGGUGCCGCAGAAGCACACCUGGUGGCCACGGAACUCGCAACAGCCAAGAUCCCCGUCAUUGUUGCUCCACUGCAACCACACCAGGGCUCGUGGGAUCAGAAGCGGUGUCUGAUGGGCGCACCACUGACCAACGGCACAACCCUCAAUCUGCUUCUCGAUGCGGGUGUUUUGGUGGGUAUCAGCGUGGAAGAAACUUGGGAAACGAGGGAUUUGGGGUUGCUGGCGGGCAUUGCAUACGCAAACAGUGAGGGGAGGUUAAAGCUUGACCAAGGUCUUGAUCUUGUUGGUAGGAACGUGUACAAAGCGCUGGGAAUAGAUGAGCCAAAAGCACCGGGUGGUGAAGAGUGGGUUGUUUGGGAGGGAAGUCCGCUAAAAAUUGGAGGAAGAGUUCGAGCUGUUAGCGGACUAAGCGGUGAGCUAGAUGUUUGGCAGUAG